AUGUCAUUUAUUGAAGGUAUUGGCGAUGAUCUUCUCCAUGCGUUUUGUUUCAUUCUAUUUAUCGGUAUUGUAUCAUUUGCGUGGCUUUCAUCACAUGUGAAUUAUAUUCAUUUACCUACUACAUUAUUUAUUAUAGAACGACGAAUACAUCGUAGAAAUGAAGAACAACAAUUAGAAAUAAACAAUUCAGUUUCAUCAACAAAUGAACCAAUAAUAUCAUCAUCAUCAUCUGUUAAUGAAACAUUAAUAGAACAUGAAUCAGAUAUUGAAUCAAAUGAAAAUGAUGAAUUAAUGAACGAACAAAUAUCAAUAUCAACAGAAUCAAAUACUAAUCAAAUACAACAAUAUCAAUCGAAUAAUAUAAUAAAUUCUAAUGAAAUAAUUUCUCAGAUAACAACUAUUGAAGAAGAAGAAGAAGAAGAUCAAUCAUUAAGAAUUACUAUUAAAUUUCUUAAUGAUACUCAAAAAUCAAUAAUAGCUAAUCCAAAUGAUACAAUUUCGAAAAUUAAAAGAUUAUAUUUUGCUGAUGAAUUAACAAAUAAUAAAAUCGUUCGAUUUAUUUAUCAAGGUCGUGAAUUACAAGAUAAUGAAACUCUUCGUACAUGUAAUAUACGUGAUCAAACUAUAAUACAUUGUCAAAUAAGUACACGACGACUUUCAACAAUUAAUCGAGUUAAUAAUGAUAUAUCAACAACACAUAGAAAUAUGAAUACUUUUGAUACAUUAUCAUUUAUUGAUACAUCACCAAUUUAUAUUUCACCAUAUUUUAUAUUUUUUAUAACAUUAAUUCUUGGAUCUGUUUGGUAUUUACGUAUUAAAUAUCGUCUAUUAUUUACACCUAUAUCAACAAUUAUUCUUUUAUUAAUAACAAUUAUACUUUUAAUAUUUACAUGUGGAAUUUUAUUAACAACACGUCGACAAAUAUCAAAUAUAAGAAUUCCAACACAUUUACAUCAUGUUCAUUUAGAUUGA